GCUCUAACAUCUAUACCAAAGCAAAUAUGGCAUCAUUAAACUACUUUCUUGAUAGGACGGAUCAAUCAGUACGAUCGAUUCAAACCCUCAAAUUUAAAUCUCCAGGUAUUUUCACUAAUGCGAUAGUUAAGAAACCUAAUAUAACAACCUUAUUAAAAGAUCCUACAAUAGAUGAGAGUUCACUAUAUAAGAUUGUCAAGCCUAAAUUUAAGAAACAAAGGAUAGGAAAGAAGAGUGGUAAUGAUGGACAAGUUGAUGAUUAUGAUUAUGUUGGUGUGAAACCUGAAAGAGUUGAUGGAAAAAGUAUAUAUAUUGAUAGGAGCUUUUCUGAGUUAUCUAGACAAGAUCAAGAAGUAGAAGGAGAGAAUAGAGAUUCAGAAAGUGGUGGUAGUAAACGGAGAAUAAUAGUUCAAAUACCUGAUUUAAUUAAUGUAGUCAAUGAACCAAUUAAUGAAGUGAUGUCUUCACCUACAAAGAGAGGUGGAGGUAAUAAUAUUUAUAAUAACAAUUCAUAUUUUGUUACUCCAAGUACUGAUGAUGUUCAGACAUUAAUUAAUAGAACAGAUAAAUUAAUCAAAAAGUAUCCCACAUUAAUAAAAAAUCAAGAUUCAGUGAUACGGCAAUUAAAUGAAUAUCAAGAUAAUUACGAAUCAUUAAAACAAAGUGUUAAUAAUUUGGAGUUAGAGAUUAAUGAACAAAAGAAACAAUUAAAUAUAUUGAAUAUUAAUUAUAGUGAUAUAGGUAGUCCUGUUAAAGAAGGAAGAAGUAGUGGAAAUCGUUCAUAUAGCCAUACGCAAGUGCAAGAAGAAGAAGAAGAAUUUGAUAUUGAUGAGAUCAUAAGGAAGGAAGAGGAAGAGAUCAAGCGAUUGGAACAACAAUUGAACGAAAGACAGAAAAUAUAAUAUUACGACAUGAUAUAAUUUAAUCAGAUAUAAUACAUUUAUUUAGAUUCAAUAUAUA